AUGUUUAAUAGAAAAAAGAAAAAAACACCUAAGCCUAUUAAUCUGAAUGAACUGGAAGAAAAAAUAAAUAUCUUAAACUUUAUGAAAAAUGACUUUGAAAUAGUACUACAAAAAGAAAAUGAAAAGCAUUGUCAGGUGUCCAUACAAAAUACCAAUAAAGAAGAAACAAGUACAUUAGAAAGAGAAAAAAUAAAUAUAAUAUUAAAAGAAUUAAUUAUAUCUUGUAAUGAAAAGAAAGAACAAUUAAAUAAUUAUAUAAACGUUUCUAAGGAUAUAAUCCAAAAAAAUAAUGAAACUAUAGAAAAAGAAAAAAAUGAAAUAAACGAAUUAAUAUUACAAAAGGAUGAAGAAAUAAGAAAUGUUGAAAAAAAAAUUGUCAUAGUACAAAAUUUUUAUAAAGAUAUAAAUAAAGGGAUAAUACAACUUAUUAAUAAUUUAGAAGUAUACUUAAAAGAUAAAUUGAAUAUAAACAUUAAUAUAAAAAAAAUAAAUGAUAAAACAAUUGAAUUAAUGAAUGACCAAAAAUUAAAUCAACAACAACAAUGUAAAGAAAAUGAAUUUAAAAAUAUUUUGUAUAUGUCGAUAGAUAAAUAUAAUGAGCAAAUAUCUACUAUUCGUUCUUUCAUAAAAAAAAUUAAAUUGAAAGAAGAAAUUGAUAUAAUAAAAGAAGGUAAUAUAAUAAAUACAUAUGAUGGUAUAUUAAGUAAACCAUCUAAUAAUACCAAUGAGCAAAAAGAGGAAAAUCAUAAAAAUGAUGAUUCACAUGCUGAAAAUGUCAAUAACAGUUUUAGACAAUAUGUAAUGAUUAAUAUGGAAGAAGAAUACAAGAAAAAUAAUAUAAAAAUGGAUCAUAAGGUGAAUACUAAUAAGGAAAAUCAUGAUAGUUGUGAAGAUGAAGAUAAUAGUUCUGAUGAUGAAGAUAAUAGUUCUGAUGAAGAUAAUAGCUCUGAUGAAUAUAAUAGCUCUGAUGAAUAUAAUAGUUUUGAUGAUGAAGAUAAUAGUUCUGAUGAAAAAAAUAGUUCUGAUGAUGAAGAUAAUAGUUCUGAUGAUGAAGAUAAUAGUUCCGAUGAUGAAGAUAAUAGUUCCGAUGAUGAAGAAUUAGAAAAAGAACAAUUACACAAUUUACAAGAUGAUAAAAAAAAUUACAUGUUAAAGAAAAAUAUAAACGAAACAUUAUUAUCCUCUUUAGAUGACAACAAAAAUAAAUUUUCAUCAAGCAACAGUGAAAGAACUAAAUCAUCAGAAACACACAAAAACGGAGAUAUAGAUAAUGAUAAAAAUAAAGAAAUAUAUAAUUAUCUUUAUUCUGAGGAAGAAACAUGUGAACAAAAAAAAAAUAAUGAAUCAUCGAAUACAGAUGAUGAUGAUAAUAAUAAAAAGGAACAUUUUAUAAAAAAAUUCACUACAUUAAGAACAAAUAAGAAUAUAUUAAAUGAAGAUGUCCAAUUCUUAAUGGACAAAAUUAAAAAAAUAGAUUAUGAUUAUAUAACGUAUUUUGAAAAAAAACUGAAAUAUAAAUAA